CGCGAAGCGAGAUAUUAAACGUUAAAGUUAACAGAAAUCAGGUUAUAAUUCCUGUCAUACCGACGAGCUGUAGCGAUCCCGCCCAAGCACACCAGCGUUUUUCUCCCUCCACUACGCACACAAAAACGUUCUCGUCUGUCCGUAGUGUCCAUGUGACGACGCGCGUUCGGCUAAGUUCGGGUACGCCGAGCGCGCGUCACACGGACAAACUCCCGCGCUUUGUGUACGUAGUGGAGGGGGUAAAACGUUCGUGUGCUCGGACUCGGUAUCGCAAUUCGUACGAGAAAGGCAGCUAGAACGGCCUCAUUCUGGUAUCGCUGCCACUGGCGAUUUUAUUUGAACAGCACAUUCGUUUUCCGUAGGAUCUAUAGUACAUCGACGAACAUUUGUGUGUGUUUUUCAGCUUACAUCGAGUUUGCCUUAAGUAAGUAAUAAAUCCUUGAUGUAAUUUAAUACGUUUAGGACGUACGAUAUAAAUGUGUAGAACGGGUUAUUUUCUGAACGUCUGUGGAUAGUCAAAAGUACGAUCGUGCGUGACCUUUUCAGUUUCUUCCUCACAUAUUCGAGAUAGAAACUAUGAUUUAAUAAAUGCAACCAUCAUAGACAUUCCAAAGUAAAUUAACCUAAAUUGCGUUUAAUCAAAACAGUUAUUUCAAGUAUUUUAAUGUGUUAUUGUAUUUCUGUAUAUACAUUGCAACUGCAUUUCAGUAUUAGCUACGAACUGGCUGCGAGUAUGUUGUGUCUGUCAAACGUAUGCAGUUCAAUAUAGACAUGAUAAUGCUGUCAGUAUACUCGCAGCUAGUAUUGAAACGCUCCUGUAUUUUGCUUUUACAGACAAUGGACCACGAAAAAUAUAUGGUGUGCGAGUUUCCAAAUGAAGAAGAUAGUAUAUCUAUUGGAUAUUUGGAAUGGCUGGAAGAUAAAUUUAAAAUUACUGAAUUAGAUGAUAUAAUUGAACGUGGGACGAUAGUGAAAGUUCGAUGGCCAAAAAACUGUGAUGUAGGCCCACUAACAGCAACAAUGAAAAAAAAAUUGGCCAAUUGUCAGUGGGAAAAGGUUGUAACAAAAUUACGGGCAUAUGGAGGAUGGAUCAAAAUGCGCGAAAUCAGAGACAAUUUGGAAAAGUAUGGUGUCACUGAACUUGAUAAACAUGAUAGGAAACAGUUCACAAAAAGGCAAACAACAGAGAGUGACAGCGACGAAUCGGAAGUAAAAGGAACAAAAAAAAGUGCGCUAACAAAGUCGAAACAAAAGAAAUGUACUUUAAACGAGAAAAAGGGGAAAGAACUUUUAAAACAGUACAAACAUAACAAGCAGAAAUACUCGUCACAGAGUAAAUCUGUGGAUGACGAAUGUGAUACAGAUAACGAAAAAUCUCCCGUUCAAUUAAAGUCACAACUAACAAUCAUUGAAUUAAAUGAAGAAAACAAGAAGUUGCAAAGAGACAACAAAAGACUACGCACGUUACGAUCUGUCAACGAAGAUUUGCCAAAGAUGGAAAAAAUGGUAAAAGAUCUCACGGUUAAUUUGCAAUCUGCAUCAAAGAAAAUCGAGUCUCUCAUUGAUCAAAUAGAUAAGCUGGAAGAGAAAAUACAAGCAAUAAAUAACUGCAUUAUUGAACGUGAACGAGGUUACACUCUUCCAGCAAUGACAUUAGACUCUGAUCCGUUCUGCAUCAGCAAAUUGAAUCUACCAAACAAUAAAUUGGAAUCGUCUGCAACCGAUGCAUCGCCAGCAUCGAUAAUGCAAAAUAAGGAGUUAAAUCUACCAAGCGAUAAGUUGAAAUCGUCUCAAAGAUCGGUUACAGAGUUUUGUGAACCAGCAUCACAUGAGUCGACACCUCUGACAUUCGGACAUAAUUUAGUACCACAAAAUUCCAACCCAGAAUCAUUGCUGGAAGACUUCCCUGAUACUCCAGACGUCGCGAUAAAAGUAGUCAACACACGUGAAUUGGAACAUGUACAUGAAUCGAACCAUGCAGCAGAUACAGCAAAGUCUUCGAAUGAUCAUCAAUCAAUCGCAAUACACAAGCCUAAGGAACAGACAGUCGACCUUGGAGGGCCAGAACCUUGUAUAGUGAAUGCCAUUCGCCUUUCCUUGUGCAAUCACACAUCUGUCUCUAAGUUGAUAUGCGAGAUGAUGUCUUUGCUAUUUUCAAAAGAAGAGUUAGCUACCUCUUCGCUUACAGGAACUGUGGCAAAUUUUCAUUGCGAAAAAGGUAUAGCCGCUAAAAAGAAACUCGACACGGUGAAAAUUGAAGCUAUGAAAGCAUACGUUAAGAAGAAAUUUCCAACAGAAAAAGAUUUCGACAAGAUGUUCCGCAAAGCAGUGCAGCAGAAGUGCAAUAAUGCAGUUCCUCGAAAUAGAGGACUAAAUAAUAAAGGAGAAACCAAUUAAGUAAGAUUAAAUAAGGAACCAACGUAAAGGCGAAGAACCUAAACAAUGCAGGAUUAAGCGUCGUAAAUAGAUUGAGUAGAAUAACGAUUAUUUUCCACGAUUGUUUUUUAAUAAUUGAGAUCAAUACAACUACAAUACAAAUAGUCAGAUUGUUGUAUUAUUAUUUGUAUUUGAUCAUG